AUGCCUCGAUCGCUUCGAUGUGGGGCUAGUGCCGCGGCUUUUCCGCCUUGGAAUCUCCCAAAGGGAGUGCCCGAGAUCUUGAGUCUUGUGGUCUUUCUCAUCGAGCUUUUCCCGGAAAUCGGUGCCGAGGUCUUCCGAAAUCACUUGCAUCUACUGUGGUAUCUGGGCAAGACUGGGCUUCCGCCAGAGGAGGCGGCCGUGGCAGCUGCGCACGCCGAGGCCGCUUGCCACUUCAGCCUCGCUGCUGUGGGUGACCGCCCAGAUCGCCAUGAGCUUGAACGCGAGGACGAUUCAUGGAUGGGCUUCUGCGGCGCGCACUACGUGAUUCGUUUUUCCACGGAGCCUUGUGCCGUGCCUGCCGGAGGUGCGCCGCCCCCGGCGGCGCUGCGAGUGGCAGCUUACGGCUGCGUAGGGGAUGCCGUGCAGGACUUGGUCCACGGCCGCUACUUGCAGACUGGAGGGCGCCUCUGGUCCUCUGAGCUUCUUCUGGCGCGGGAGCUGCUGGGCUACCCUUUAGCGGGCCAGGUGGUGCUGGAGCUGGGGUGCGGAGUGGGCAUCGCCGGCAUUACAGCGGCCAGCUUCGCUUCAGGAUGCAUUCUCACCGACGUGGAGCCCACUGUUCUCGAAGCGGCAGCGCUGAACCUGCGCUACACGGGGGGCGCGGCAUCCAACGGCAGGGUGGAGUUGCUUGACCUCCGAAAUAUCGAGGCGGUCCAUAGCCUUGCGCUGUCUUGCAGUGCCACAGUCGUCAUUGCAGCCGACAUCCUCUACGGCGCUGCCUCUCAGCAGGAGGUAGCCCGGGCGGUCCGCGCGUCGCUGCCCAACGGCGGGUCGGCGCUUCUGCUGGUGCCGUUGCACUACCGCCCGGGCAUGGACAAGGACUCCUUGGGCCAAGCCCUCCUGGCCGCCGGCAUGGAGACCGUCUCGGUCCGGCCCAUCGCAGCCGAUGGCAUCCACGCGGCCUUAGCUGCGGACGAGGAGCUGCAGGAGUACGUUCUCUUUGAAGCGCAGGCGAGACCACUGGAUGACCAGCAGGAGCUCUGCAGCUUGAUGCAGGUGAGCCUCACCAUCUGA